UCGGAUUAUCGCUGUACCAUCGAGGCAAUAACAAUAAUAACAGGAAAAUUUAAAUUUGAAUUGAUAAUAAAAUGUAAUUUUGCAAAAAUUAUCUGGUUGUUUAAGAAGAUGCAAAUGGUUUUAGUUUAUGGCCACUGCACAUAACAUAUCAAUAGAUGUUUGUUUAAGCAGCACUAUUGGGAGUCGUAUAGUGCGUGGUCUUGAUUGGAAAUGGGGUAAACAAGAUGGAGGUGAAGGCCAUGUUGGUACAAUAAGAAGUUUUGAGAGUAAUGAAGAAGUGGUGGUUGUUUGGGAUAAUGGCACUGCAGCUAAUUAUAGAUGUUCUGAAAAUUAUGAUUUAAGAAUACUAGAUUCAGGGCCUAGUGGUAUUAAACAUGAUGGUACAAUAUGUGAUGGUUGUAGAUGUCAGCCAAUAUAUGGGAUGCGUUGGGUAUGUGCAGAUUGCAACAACUAUGAUUUAUGCAGUGUUUGUUACCAUGCUGAUAGACAUCAGUUGCGGCAUCGAUUUUACAGAAUAUUUGCACCAAAUGGAAAUGAAGUACUGAUGGAACCACGCAAAAAAGCUAAAAAGUUAAUUUCUCGUGGGAUCUUUCCUGGUGCAAGGGUGACUCGUGGAGUUGAUUGGCACUGGGAGGCACAAGAUGGUGAGGCUGGCCGAAGAGGGAAAGUGGUUGAUAUUCAAAAUUGGAGUGCUACUACCCCCCGUAGUGCUGCUUAUGUUGCUUGGGAUACAGGUGCAAAGAAUCUCUAUCGUAUUGGUUUUGAAGGAAUGGUUGAUUUGAAAUGUAUUUCUGAUGCCAAGGGAUCACCAUUUUACAGAGAUCAUUUGCCUUUACUUGGAGAGAAUUUAACAACUUCUCAAUCGAUGACCAAACAUUGGAAGAUAGGUGAUUUUGUGCGAGUAGAUCUUGAUUUAGAUAUUGUGCAAACUCUCCAGCGGGGCCAUGGAGGGUGGGCAGAUGGUAUGGUUGAGGCAAUGGGGAGCAUUGGAGUUGUUUUUGGAUUUGAUGAAGACAGAGAUGUUAUUGUUUCCUAUGCCAGUGGCAAUAAGUGGAUAUUCAACCCAUCAGUUCUUACUUGUGGGAUUUCAGAGAGUGAUGGUCAAAUAGAUGCAUUAAGUGAAGAAAUACGCUCAUUGCAGUUCCUCAUUCUAAGCAGUGGAAUUCAGGAUUCUAAUGAAACUAAUACAUCAUUUACAAAAAGACUUGCUGUUGGAGAUAUUGUGCAGAUCUUAAAUGAUCAAGAACAAGUAAGCAAUUUACAAAUUGGACACGGAGAAUGGACUGAUGUUAUGGUUGCUACCUUGGGAAAAAUUGGUUGUGUUACUAAAGUUUAUCAUGAUGGAGAUUUAAAGGUUGAAGUUAAUGGAACAAGCUGGACUUACAAUCCAAAAUGUCUAAAAAGAAUUAGUUCACGUGGAACGAACUCGGCAUCCAAAAUUCUUCAUUUCCUUGAAAGUCAUUCGUCUAAAGACCCUGCGGAAUUAUUUAUUAAAGCUGCUGCAGAAGGCAAUGUUAAAAAUUUAGAAGAGUUAUGUCAUUUUCCAAAUUUUGAUAUAAAUGUUCUGUAUGCUGGUCACACAGCACUUCAACUUGCAUGUCAAAAUGGAAAAUUAGAAAGUAUUAAAUUUCUUCUCCAAUUAAAUGCAGAUGUUGAAGUUGAAGAUAAUGAUGGUGAUAAAGCUGUCCAUCAUGCAACAUUUUAUGAUGAAAGUAGAACCUUUGCUUUGUUGAAGGAGGCAAAUGCAGAUUUAAACUCUCGCAAUAAAAGACGUCAAACUGCAUUACAUGUAGCUGUUAACAAAGGUCACAUAGGGAAUAUCAAAGCCUUGCUUGAUGCAGGUGUUCAUGUCAAUUUGCAAGACUCUGAAGGAGAUACUGCAUUGCACGAUGCUAUUUCCAAAAAGCGAGAUGAUAUUGUUGAGCUUCUACUAAACUCUGGUACAGAUAUUUCGCUGUCCAAUAACAAUGGCUUUAAUUCAUUACAUCAUGCAGCCUUAAGAGGAAAUGUAAAGGCAGUCCAACUGAUUUUGGAAAAGAAAGAUAAACCCUGGAUUGUCAAUGAACAAAAAGAUGAUGGAUAUUGUGCCUUGCAUUUAGCUUCAUUAAAUAAUCAUUUAGAAGUAGCAAAGCUCUUAAUAAAAUUAGGACAUGCCAAUGUUAACAUUCAAAAUACAAAUUUACAAACACCACUUCAUCUGACUGUACAAAAACAACAUGAAGAAAUUGUAAAGCUUCUUGUUUCUGAAGGAGCAAAUGUUAAUGUGCAAGACAAAGAUGGUGAUUCACCACUACAUGAAGCUUUAAGAAACCAUACGUUAUUAAGAUUAAAAGAGAUGCAAAGUGUCAAAGAUGUUUCUAAGUUAUUAAUGGGAUUUGGAUCGCAAGACUUUACAAAAACUAGCAGUACCUCAAUUGCUUGUUUUCUUGCUGAGCAUGGUGCUCAAUUAGCGUGUAAAAAUAAUAAAGGUCAGACUCCUCUUGAUCUCUGUCCAGAUCCAGGUUUAUGCAAUGCGCUCAGACAAUCUUAUGGACAAAGUAUUCAGAAAAACAAGAAAAUGUUGGAGACAGAAUGUGUUGUUUGUUCAGACAUGCCGCGUGAAGUUAUUUUCUCACCCUGUGGUCACCUUGUAGCAUGUUCUGGUUGUGCCCCACGAAUUAAAAAAUGUUUAAUUUGCAAAGAGUUGGUUCAAUCUCGACAAAGGAUUGAAGAGUGUUUAGUGUGUUCUGAUAAACCUGCAAGCGUUCUUUUUCAACCUUGUGGUCAUAUUCCUGCAUGCUCUGCAUGCUCUAGCUUAAUGAAGAAGUGUGUCCAGUGUAGAGGAACUAUAUUAAAGAUGGUUCCUUCUAUAGAUUUAUGUGGCUUAAAAGAAUCUUCAUCUUCAUCUUUAAUUUGCAACAAUGAUAUUCUUUUAUUGGAAAAACAGAUUCAAGAAAUGAAGGAGCAGACAACGUGCGUUGUUUGCUUGGAUAGACGAAAAAACAUGAUAUUUUUGUGUGGCCAUGGAUCAUGUCAAGUUUGUGGUGACCAAUUAUCCGAAUGUCCUAUGUGCAGAAAAUUAAUCGAGAAGAAAAUUUUGCUAUUUUGCUAAGUUAUGUCGCUGUUAGGGUUUUAAAAAUAAUUUGAAAGCUCUAAGCGCUAAAAGUAGUUGCUUAGAGCUGCGUAUGAGAGCUAGAAUCUACAAGUAAGCGAUAAAAGGUACAAAUACUAGUUAAAAUCGAUAGUUAGGCGUUAAAAGCUUUUUGUAAUGGCGGAAAUAGAAAAGGAUGAAACAUUUUUACUUCAAAAUAGUGGAAUUCAAAAUAGCGAAACAACGCAUACUUUAAUCGAGACUAAUAACAUGUUUCUGCGAUUAUGGUUUGCAUAAUCGCAGAAAUAUGUUUUGACUUUUCGCAAGUUUCUAAUUUUCUAGUUUGUUUUUACUUUUUUGACGUCAUAGGAAAAUAUUGUCUAGUCACAAAGUGAGACUUAUAAGAAAAAAGAAAGUAUUGAGAAUCUA